GUUCAAUGUAUCUAUGCCUGCCUACUUCAAUCUGCAAGGGAGUGUCAGAAAGGCCCCGCAUUCGCCGAGCCGUGAGUUAUCACUAACUUUUCAGAUGUGUUAAUGAAUGUGGAACAAAAGUAGUUGUGUUUUGAAAGGAAAAAAGAACCUCAAAAUAACCUUUAUUAUAGUAGCAGGCGUGAACACUAAAUGAAUUAUUCCAAAUUAUGAUGUCAAAAAUAACCUACGUUAAUUAGAGACUUAGCUUCUAGAAAACCUAUUGUUGAACAGCUCUGAAGCUAUUAUAUUAGCUGUAAAUUCAUUACCUGUCUUAAAACUUUGUCUACCCUGAUCACAAAUACUAGAAUGUUCUUUAGAUCUUUUUAACCAUGUUACAACAAUUUGAACAAAAUCUUACCCCACCUAAAAGUGACAGUAUUUAAUUGAUUUUUGAGUUAAACUCAUCAAAUUGAGACAGUAUGAAAGGGGUAAAGUUUAAUUUUGUUGUUCACAUGUGCAAAAGCAAAUUAAUUUAAAUCAUUGAAUCACUUUCUAUAUUAAAGUUUUUAGCAUGCUGCAGGCAUCAUGUGAUGUACACAGAAGUUUUAUAGUCUAUUUUGGAAUCAACAGAUCUCGCUUCAGUAAUUCACCAGUAGGUUUUCAUUCACCAAUGACAAUAUCAAUUUAAAGCUAAAAUAAAACACCUACAUUUCUUAGGGCUUAUCUUUCUCUAUAGAGGAAACAUCCUUAAGAGUUCUUUCUCUUUUUCCCCAGAGAAAUUCUAAGGAAAAAAUUUUAACUAUGAUCUAUAUUUUGUUAUUAGAGUUAGUUACCUUUCUUUUUCUUAGACUCUUUAUAAAGUUUGACUAGAUAGGCAUAUUUGGCUAGCAAGUUGGAUGCUUCUGUUGCUCAGGAGGUGUAUUUGUAUUACAUGAAGACAGAAUGAAUAUGUAUGUGCCCAGUUUGGCGAUACAUAGCACAGUCUGCAGAAAACUUGAAGGUAUAUGGGGCCUUUGGAGGCAUUAAGUUAACCUUUCGUUUCGGCAAUGUGCCUUUGUUUGACUGGUGUGUAAGUCCUUCUUCCAGGUUUGUACGCUCUUAAACACGUUAUUCUACCCUCUCUAACUCCUCCCAGCAGCAAAAGGGAGACACUUCAACUGGAACAAAAUAGUGGAAGAAAUGGCGUCUGGGGUUCAGUGGGGAUUCGCAGUGUGAGAUACUACUCGCCAACGAAUCAAAUUCAGUGAUGACAGAGUAUGCAAGAGUCACCUUCUCAACUGUUGCCCCCAUGAUGUCCUCUCUGGAACUAGAAUGGAUCUUGGAGAAUGUCUGAAAGUUCACGACCUGGCUUUAAGAGCAGAUUAUGAAAUUGCAUCCAAAGAACAAGAUUUCUUCUUUGAACUUGAUGCUAUGGACCAUCUGCAGUCAUUCAUUGCUGAUUGUGAUCGAAGAACAGAAGUGGCUAAGAAAAGAUUAGCAGAAACUCAAGAAGAGAUUAGUGCUGAAGUGGCUGCAAAGGCAGAACGUGUUCAUGAAUUAAAUGAAGAAAUUGGUAAAUUGUUGGCCAAAGUGGAACAACUAGGAGCUGAAGGGAAUGUGGAAGAAUCUCAGAAAGUCAUGGAUGAAGUGGAGAAAGCACGGGCAAAGAAGAGAGAAGCAGAGGAAGUUUAUCGGAAUUCGAUGCCAGCUUCCAGUUUUCAACAACAGAAACUUCGAGUUUGUGAAGUCUGCUCUGCCUAUUUAGGUCUUCAUGAUAAUGACAGGCGCUUGGCCGAUCAUUUUGGGGGUAAACUACACCUUGGAUUUAUUGAAAUAAGAGAGAAGCUUGAAGAAUUAAAGAGAGUUGUGGCUGAAAAGCAGGAGAAAAGAAACCAGGAACGCCUGAAGCGAAGAGAAGAAAGGGAAAGAGAAGAAAGGGAGAAGCUGAGGAGGUCUCGAUCACAUAGCAAGAACCCUAAAAGAUCCAGGUCCAGAGAGCAUCGCCGACAUCGGUCUCGCUCCAUGUCACGGGAACGUAAGAGGAGAACUCGAUCCAAAUCUCGGGAGAAACGCCAUCGCCACAGAUCCCGUUCUAGCAGCCGCAGCCGCAGCCGCAGCCACCAGAGAAGUGGGCACAGUUCUAGAGACAGGAGCAGAGAACGAUCCAGGAGGAGAUCCUCAAAAGAAAGAUUCAGAGACCAAGACUUAGCAUCACGUGACAGAGACAGGAGUUCAAGAGACAGAUCACCUCGUGACAGAGAUCGAAAAGAUAAGAAGCGGUCCUAUGAGAGCGCUAAUGGCAGAUCAGAAGACAGGAGGAGCUCUGAAGAGCGCGAAGCAGGGGAGAUAUGAUUAGUUGUGUACAUAACCUCAAUCCUUAAGCUUCCUAUGGAGUUACUUACUAUUGUUUAGUUUGCAGCUGUUUGGGGUGACGCAGUGAGCAGUUCCCGACACCAGUCCAGCUAGGCUAGAUGUACAGUAUCUAACUUGAUCUGAACUGAACUCUUUCCUAGAUGAAGCCUAAAACUACACCCAUAGUUUCUGGUGAACUUGUAAUUCAACUUUGAAAGUACAGUUUUAUAUUAAGACACCAGUGUCUUUAUUCUUUUUAGUAGGAGUGAUAGUGAACAAAUUGUGUUACUUGCCUCGGGAUUUUUUGGAACAUUUGUAAAAUGCCGUCUUCCUUAGUCCAAACAGCAGCCACUUUGAGAAUUUUUCUUUUUAAUUCUUCUUCUUCUGACUUUUGUAUCCCCUAUUCCUCUAAGCUCUAACUGUAAGAGAGAGGGGUAGGGAAGCAAUAUAGCUUUUGUUUUAAGGUUCUAUUCCCAUUGUUAAUCACUAGCUGAUUACAGUUCAGAGCAUUUAUACUGGAAUGUGUGCUGGAGAAAUUUAAAAUACUGGGAAUUUUUUGUUUAACGGUGCCUGUUUAGAGUUGGAAGUUGAACAGCUGUUGCAUUACAUACUUUGCUUUUUUGUUGAAAUUUUGAGAUCAACAUGUCUUGAUUUUUCUGUUCUAUUGAAUUGCUAUGUUCAGAUGUUUUGAAAAGGGGGGUGGGGGAAGGGACUUUUUCAUAAGCACUUGUUUUAUUUUGUGUGUGUGUGGAGUAUAAAGGGUACACCUUAUUGUAAAAAAUAAAAUGAAAGAAGCAAUCACCACCCCCAUCAUUAAGCUGUAAACUUGUCCCGUAAAUUGUCACUAGAACUAUUUGCUGUGGGCAUUUCUUCUGUUGUAUCAUUAAUAGUGCCUUACUGUGCAAGGCACCAAAGGAAAUAAAUGCAAAGAGUCAAGAUGAACUGUUCAACCCGGGCCUCUUGCUGACUAUAUUCCAGCAGCUUUAGGGCUGCUGUAACUACGCUGGAGAGAAAGACCGACCUGCAGAAGGAAGUGCAUUUUUCAUUCAUUGUUGGGUUUUUUUUUUUUUUGCUUGUUUUUUCUUC